AUGUCUCUCCCACCUAAUGUCCACGUCUCCACCCAUCCCUGUCUCCAAGCCAAGCUCUCUCUCGUCCGCUCCUCCUCCACCACCCCGCGCGAGACAAGAGGCUUGGUCAAUGACAUCGCCAACAUUCUAGGCGUGGAAGCCUUUGCAGGGCUAAAGCUGGUCAAAACAGGAACAGACACCACCCCGCUGGGAAUUGAAUACGAAACCCAAGGCAUCGACCCAGCAGAUCUAGCCCUCGUGCCAAUUCUACGUUCCGGCUUAGGAAUGGUUGAUGCCUUAAACGACCUCCUCCCAACCCCAGUCCCAGUCUACCACCUAGGCCUCUUCCGCGAAAAAGUUUCCCUCCAACCCGUAGAAUACUACAACAACCUCCCCUUCCACCGCUCCGAGCUCUCCCCCUCCAUCCCCACCUCCCUAGCCCCAACAACCAACACGGCAGCCGCUAGCCUAGCGGUCCUCCUAGACCCCGUUAUCGCGACUGGUGCAACCGCCGAGGCGGCUAUCCAGUUGCUGCGCGAUUGGGGUGUGAAGAAGGUUAUUAUGCUUAGUCUUCUUGCUUCCGAGGAGGGUGUUAAGAGGGCUGCGGGGACUUGGAGUGAGGUUGAGGUUUGGGUUGGGGGUGUUGAUAAGGGAGUUGAUGAGAAGGGGAUGAUUGUGCCUGGUGUUGGAGAUAUUGGGGAUCGAUUGUUUGUUGCUGUUGGCAAGUAG